GGCCGAGCUCAGGCUGCCGGGAUGCUGCGUCUCUGGAGACGGGAGAUUGGCAACCACUGCCCUCCCAUCCCGGGACUCUCAUGCCUUCUAAUUUCUGCCCUUUUCUGGAUACCGCAGUGGCAUCUUUCUUACUUCCUCCGUUCUCCGGGCUCGAGAUCUUCCUGCCGGAGCCAUGUCAGAAGGAGUGGACUUGAUUGAUAUAUACGCGGACGAAGAGUUCAACCAGGAUCCAGAGUUCAACAAUACAGAUCAGAUUGACCUGUAUGAUGAUGUGCUGACAGCCACUUCCCAGCCCUCAGAUGACAGAAGCAGCAGCACUGAGCCACCACCUCCUGUGCGCCAGGAGCCGUCUCCAAAGCCCAACAACAAGACCCCUGCAAUUCUGUACACGUACAGUGGCCUUCGUAAUAGACGAGCUGCUGUCUAUGUGGGCAGCUUCUCCUGGUGGACUACAGACCAGCAGCUGAUCCAGGUUAUUCGCUCAAUAGGAGUCUAUGAUGUGGUGGAGUUGAAAUUUGCAGAGAAUCGAGCAAAUGGCCAGUCCAAAGGGUAUGCUGAGGUGGUGGUAGCCUCUGAAAACUCUGUCCACAAAUUGUUGGAACUCCUGCCAGGAAAAGUUCUUAAUGGCGAAAAAGUGGACGUGAGGCCGGCCACCCGGCAAAACCUGUCACAGUUUGAAGCACAGGCUCGGAAACGUGAGUGCGUCCGAGUCCCAAGAGGGGGAAUACCUCCACGGGCCCACUCCCGAGAUUCUAGUGAUUCUGCUGAUGGACGGGCCACACCCUCUGAGAACCUUGUACCUUCCUCCGCCCGUGUGGAUAAGCCCCCCAGUGUGCUGCCCUACUUCAAUCGCCCUCCUUCAGCCCUCCCCCUGAUGGGUCUGCCCCCACCCCCAAUUCCACCCCCACCACCUCUCUCCUCAAGCUUCGGGGUCCCUCCUCCUCCUCCUGGCAUCCACUACCAGCAUCUUAUGCCCCCCCCUCCUCGAUUACCUCCUCAUCUGGCUGUACCUCCCCCUGGGGCCAUCCCACCUGCCCUUCACCUCAAUCCAGCCUUCUUCCCUCCACCAAAUGCCUCUGUGGGGCCUCCACCAGAUACUUACAUGAAGGCCUCUGCGCCCUAUAACCACCAUGGCAGCCGAGAUUCGGGCCCUCCACCAUCUACAGUGAGUGAAGCGGAAUUUGAGGAGAUCAUGAAGCGAAACAGAGCGAUCUCCAGCAGUGCCAUUUCUAAAGCGGUAUCUGGAGCCAGUGCAGGGGAUUACAGUGACGCGAUUGAGACGCUGCUCACAGCCAUUGCUGUUAUCAAACAGUCCCGGGUCGCCAAUGAUGAGCGUUGCCGUGUCCUCAUCUCCUCUCUUAAGGACUGUCUUCAUGGCAUUGAAGCCAAGUCCUACAGUGUGGGUGCCAGCGGGAGCUCUUCCAGGAAAAGACAUCGGUCCCGGGAGAGGUCACCUAGCCGGUCCCGGGAGAGCAGCAGGAGGCACCGGGACCUGCUUCAUAAUGAAGAUCGGCAUGAUGAUUAUUUCCAAGAAAGGAACCGGGAGCACGAGAGGCACCGGGAUAGAGAACGAGACCGGCACCACUGAGAAAGGAAUCUGGUUGGAAGCAAAAUUUUUUUUAAUGGACUUGCAUCUCCUCACCUCGAUCAGGACUGAAGGACGGAGGCCGCUCCACCCCUUCCCCUUCUUCCAAGCCCCUAACUCCUUCCAGACACCCAAGGAAUACCCUCUGCCCCACAGGAUUGAAGUUUGCUUGGCAGCCCUCCCAACCCCACACCUUAUAUUUGCCAGGGGAAAGAACCUAAAGACUUUGUGUGGUUGGGAGGGGUGGCAGACAGGAAGAAAACGUGUCCGGGCCCCUGGUCUUCAUAGAGAAUGGUGCUUUGUCCAAGGAAAUGUAGUUUCUGAUUCUCCAGGAACAUUUCAGUGGUGAGGCUGAUGGGAAGGCUUCCUUCCCAGAGAAAAUCGAUCCUUCAUGUGUGGUCUAGGAGAGUGACUGGGUGUGCCAAAAUACGUCCAGAGUCCUGCCCUCAGCACUAGAUUUGAUGGGGCCAAGAGGGUCCAAACCCCUUGCUAACAUACCACUUCUGUUUAACUCUUUACCCUCCCAGCCCUUGGAGGGACCAUGAGAACAGAAAUUACCUGAUGAAAAGCUAUUUCUGUUCUUGCUUUUCCCUCUCACAUAUUGAUGGUUUAUUUCCCUGACCUCCCAGAGGGCUGAACUCUUGCAACUCCCUGCCACCCAGCCUCCUCCAUGGACUUGCCCUCCUAAACAGAGAAGGCCUGUGAAGUUGCUUUCUGCUGGGGAGCCUGGCAGAGCCAGUUAACACUCUGCUGCUUAGUGUUUGGUUUCCUCCUGCAAUAACCAGCUCUAUUAGCUAGUCCCUUUCCUUGGGGCUUUUCCAUUUCACACACGGAGCCCUCGUCCCCAAAAGGCUGCUUCCUUGUUUUAGAGGAAGGUACUGCCACUGGGAGAUGGGAACAUCAGGACCUCAGCAACGAAGAACCUUUAUGAUGUACCAGGAGUGGGGAAGGAGGCAAGUUGGGCAGGAUAUGGCCUACUUCCAUAGGCUUUUCUUUUUCAGGUUCGAGGUAAGCAUGGGCUUGCAUCUCCUAGGUACAUACUUUUACUUAUUGUGAUUAUGGGAUAACCUGGCACUUGGAGGCAAGUAAAGUCACAAAUUUGGUGUCUCUACACCUUUUGACUUUUGACUUAAUAGCGCCCCUUGCCCUGCCUGGAGGUACUUCUGCCUCUGAUAAGGAGCAAGGAAGAAGUGGAACCUGACUUGAAUGAACUCAGCUCAGAGUUCUAAGGACCACCACUCUGGGGGCCGUUUUCUACACAGGCAAAUGGAAUUGCUUUUCCCUUAACAUCCAAAUUGUGAUGUGGUUGCUGCUGAAGGAAGAAGCAACAACAGGGUCCUACAGAACCCGCGGGGUGAUGCUACUGCUGCAUGCCUCUGAGGGAAUAUGACAUCUAACGUGAGACCAGAUGUGGCACAUGAGACGUAGGGUCACUGCAGAGAGACCCUUUUGGCUCGGGGGAGAGACUGGAUUGAGCCCUUCCUCUGUUCCCAGUAUGUUCUGACACAGCCCUCAGUCAGUCACUGAGGGAUCCCCCAGGGUUGGAGAGGCACAUUCCCUUGGGACAGAGGCUACAGGUGGUAGCUUUUUUCCUGUUCCGCAACCCCACCCCGACCUCCACUUCGGAACACGGCACCCUGCCCAUCCAGCCAAGUGUUAAGAUGUGCUCAUCCCUGCGAGCAGCUCGGGUGUCUUUUUAAAAUGUAGAGAAAACCAAGUAAGGUGACAGUUUAAGGAAAAAAUAUAUAGAAUACCAGAAAAGCCGUUUACCUGGAGAUUUUUUCUCCCCAUUUUUUGUUUUGUUUUUACUCAUGACAUAAUUUUUAGUUUUAUUUCCUGAUAGCAAAAGGGAAAAAAAAAAAAACCCAACCCUGAAAAAGGCCAAGGCCCCGUCCCCCUGUUGUCGGUGAUUUGUCUUUCUGAUAGGUUGAAAAUUGUGUAAUAAACUUGAUGACGCUGUCAAUCUUUUAUACCGCAUUAUUUUUUUUCCUUUUGUAACAAUAUUUUUUAAAUAAUAAAUGGGGUGUGAGCUACUUUAUGGAUUCUGCAUUGAAUAGAUUUGUUGAGGUGAGCUGGAAUCAACUCAUGACAGCGGGUUUAGUUUUUUUUUUGUUUACGGGGCAAGGGCUGAUGUAGUGGCUGCAAGAUGGGAGUGAAACCCUGAGUUCUUAGCUGGAGCUGUGUGUCAGGCAGUGAGUGUCGCAGCCUGUAGUAAGCCUUCCAGGAGACCUCUAAUGCAAACCUUUGGAGGUGCCCUAGGAGGUUCAGCUUUUUUUCCUUAGCUAUCUAAACAGCCUGGUUAAAAAAACUUCCCUUUACCCUUCGAGAUUCCUAUGACUUACUCUCAGAGCAAAGUUCUACCUUGUACAGUUCAGUUUUGCUAUCAUCAAGGAAGAAAAUCCUGAUAGGAGUUAGAAGACCUGAGUGCUACUGCCUAGUUCCACCAUCCGUCUUUCUAACCAUGGGCAAGUGAUGCAACCUCACGGUCAGUUCAUCUGUAAAGUGAAAAUAAUAGCUCUUCUGCCUUCCUCACGGAAUGUUUUAAGGAUCAGAGGUAACAAAUAGCAACAUGUUUUGUAAACUGAACGGCUAUGUAAAUAUGAGAAGUACUGAUAAGAAAGCUUAGUACAAGUGUUUUCCAGGGCAGUCUCUUUGGGGUUCCAGAAAAGCCCCUGGCUUUUUGAAGAGCCAGGUGAACAAGAGGGUUAGAUGAUAAGAUACGAGCCAGGGACCAGAAGAUGUGUACUGGGGCUAAAAAGGCAAGAGCAGUAUAAGAUGACAUAGCUGUUACUGGAGGAGAGGGUCUGAUGAUGUGACACUUAAAGGGAGGGAGGAAAAAAUAGGUGGAGUGCAUUUUCAGAACUAAUGUUCGAGUUGAGGUCCAUAGUCACCUGCAUCUCGGUUAUAUUCCACGCUUGCUAAAAUCCCUGUUCCUGGGCUGAAUCAAUCUCUACUUAAGCCUAGGAAUCUACCUUUUUAUGACCCAGAUGAUCUUUGUAAGCUGACAUAUGAGGAAUGCUAGUUUAGACAGAGAAACAAAUAUUUUGAUUUGAUCUAACCAGUUCCAUGGUGGUGUAGAAAAUGAGUGAACGUUGGGUUACCUAGUCUAGGUUCUAAUCUCGACUCUAUUUCUAUGCUGAAUGGUCUUAGAUACAUCAUGUCUGAGUCAAUUUCCUUCCGCCUCAUAGGAUCAUGGUAUGGAUUAAAUCACUCUGCCUGGCACUGGAUGAAUACAGUCCCUGACUUAUGAUGGGGUUCCAUUCUGACAACCCCGUGGUAAGUCAGUUCUGAGAUACGUUGAAUACCUUUUUUUUUUAGUUUUCAUUAUUAUUGCCUGUUAUACAGCAGUGUUUUGAACAGUAAAUCGUAACGUUGAGCAUCUGCAAGUGAACAUGUGAGAAUGGCAACAUCAGCAAAUUAAGCACAGCAACAUGGUAUGUAGUACUUAUUACUAACUAUAAAAAAAACUAUAAGAUGUAUCAAAAACAAAACCAGAUUCCUCUCCUACAAACGGUGUUAGGGAAUGAGUUGUGCCCCCGAAAAUAAUGUUGAAUUCCUGGCCCUUGUACCUGUGGAUGUCCUGUUUGGAAAUAGGGUUUUCUUUGGUUAUGUUAAUAAGGCCAUACCAGAGUAAGGUGGGUCCUAAACCUAAUCACUCCUGAGCUAUAAAAACAGCAGAACACAAACACCUGUGGUGGUGGGAGAGGGGAAACACAAUGGAGACAGAUGCAUUUACAGGCCAGAUAUGCCAAGGAUUGCUGGCAGUUACUAGAAUUUAAAAUAGACACAGAAGGACCUCCCUCUAGAACCAAACCCCGAAUUCACACAUUAACCCUGAAAUACUAACUGCAUUGAUUUCCAUCCUCCGCUGCCUCAGUAUCUGUUUUAUGACGUUCUCUCUGGUGUAACUAACUGCAUCCACGAAGGGGGCUCCAGCAAGUAUCAGAAACAGACAUUUAUGGAGCCACCCACAGGAAGCACAAUGCACUAAGCUUCCACAUAAGCAAAUGAGACGACUGCUAAUCAUAUCUUCAUUUUUAACUAUUCAUCUUCAAGUGGUAUCUGUUGAGAAAAGAAUUUAAAUAAGCUAGACUGAGACUCGUUAAGGCAAGGUUUCAAGCUCCAACUGAGUAACUAGCUGUCAGAUGCUAUUUUACUUCCUCAUUUCUAAGCCUGUGAAGUAGGGGGUUAAACUUAGUUGAUAGCUAAGGUCCCUUUGAACUCUUAACGUUUAGAUUUUAUAAACCACCUUUAAACUUCCAACUGGGUCUCCCAUUCAUUUAUCUGUGUUUCUGGGAAGGUGACCUUAACCACUGAGCCUCUAAAUGAAAUGAGAGGGUUUGGAGAAUGGGUUCCUCUCCAGCUGGAUGCCAGUGAUCAAAUCAGUGUGUAAAGCAGCAAAAUAUCAGGUAUUAGUGGGAUUUGUGAUUGAAAUACCAGAGUUCCUAUUGGAUUUUUUGUUACUUCAUGUUUGAUUAGACUUGUCUAUGAAAUAUUUAGACAGACCCCCAAGGAUGACUAGGAAGCAAAGGCACAGUAACGUCAGAAAAUAAGAAAAAGCGCAAGUGCUUUGGAUGGUGGAGACCUUCACUGGAUGAGAAUGAGUCUAAUCACAGAAAAUAAGCAGUGAUAAAAACCCACACAGAAUGAUGAAAGAUGAAUUACUUUUUACUCUGAGUAGAAGCAGACAGCCUAAGAUUCAUCUGACAGCAGAGAGAAGGCUUAUAUGGCUCGAGGUUUCUCCUAAAGGGGAUUCUGCCAUGACUGCUGGUGGCUUCCUGGGGCUAAAAAACAAGUGACCACCUACCGAGCAAGGCGAGGGACAGCUUUAAAGAUGGUUACUUGGAGAAGAAAAUAGAUAAUCAUCUAAGGCAACACUUCUCCAGCUUAAAAAAAAAAAAAAAACUACAUCCCCCUUUUAUGUUAACUUGAAAUUUUAAAAGAAAUAUAAAUUUAAAAAUGUGACUAAAAAUAGCCAAAAUCUGAUAAGUUUAGAAUAUGCUUCCAAUUACACAAGCCACCUUGAAAAGGAGCUGACAAUUUCUCUAUAAAGAAAUGAGAGAGAAGACACUGACAUUGGGGAAGAGGUGGAGGCCGUAAGCAGACUUUUGCAGAACGACAGACCCGAAGAAGAUACGGAGGUUGGCUGUGCUUUUAUGCGUUAGUUCGGGCUGCAGCCUGGAGAAAAAAAAGUUACCUUGAUCACUGCCCUUCUGUGUCUAUACUGUGUAACCAGCCCCAACCUGAGAACAAACUGCUGCCAGUCUCUACCCUCUCUUGGAGUGGAUGAGAUUCUAGGGAACAGAGCCAUAAGGAAAAGGCUGCAACCCCCACAACAGAAAAUACGUAUUUAUUAUAAAAUAGUUUGUUUCAUGAUGAGAGUAGAAAAAUAACACUAUAUCACCUACUAAAAAAGUUCUGGAGCUCAGUCUCUGAGGACUGGGACAAGAGGCUGUUGAUACACUCUGGGAGCACACCAUCGUGAGGCUCUCCGUGCUGACACGGAACAGGUCUGGCACAGCACGUACGGGGAGCAUGUGGCUUAGGUUCUGCUGGAAGCGUGAGGAGCCCAUAUGGUUCACACAAGAUGCUCUGGCCACAGUGGUCAAAGAGGAGACCUUGAGGUCAGCAGGGAACUGGUUCUGAGAAGGGCCAGGAUGGGGAUAACCUUGCCCAUCCCUAUACCAGAGUAUAGAAGAGUCUGCUGAUGGUCCUGGUUUAGAAGAUGGUGCCCAGUGGCCUUAUGCUUGGUUUGCUGCUCAAAUGUCUGUGUUGAGGAAAAGCAGCCUUUCCCAGGACAACUUGACCCACCAAUUCCCAUGGUACCGGAAGUAUGUGUGGUGUCAGCCCAUGAGGGCUGCUGGCUGAAAUUUUUGUACUUCAAAUCCUGUCCAUACUGAUGACAGAAAGAAAGAAACAAAAUGUUAAAAGACCAGUGGAAAAAAAAACAACUGGCCGGAGCUGUUCUAAGUUCCACAUCUUUUGGCCCCCAAGAACAUCUUCCCUAAGCAGGUUAACCAUCUGAGUGAGAAAGGCAGUCCCAUAGACAUCACUUUGCCCCUUAAAAGCUGUCUAGACCCCUCAGGCUUCAGAAGUACAAUGGAUCCCCCUCUGGGAUGGGAUAGGAACCUAACCCUCAGAGGACAGGAAAUGGACCCUCCGCAGCAGUACCUGGAGAGAGCAGCCAGGGUGAGCACCUCAAGCAGCAGCUCUGAGCCACAGAAGAAGAGCAAGAUGCCAUUCAUGAUGGCUUCCAGGCGGAGCACAUAGGUCUGCAGCAGCAGGUAAUAGGAGGCCAUCGUGGCUGAUGGGAAAGUCAAGGCCACGCUAAUACCAAGUGGCAUCUUUCGUUGGCAGAGGUUUCCCUUUGUACC